UUGACCCUUGGGUCUUUUUUUCAAGUCAAAGAUAUUUUCAAAAAUAGAAAGUGCAAAAGAGAGUAAGGUUUGGGGAAACGCUGGGUUCAUUAGAUUGUCUGAAGAAAAGGUUGCACUAUACUAAAUUAAGAAGAGGGAAAGAUGAGGAAAAGUUGCCUAAAAUGGUGGUUAGUUGGAGGUCAAAGUCUAAACCCCGCCAAGCCAAUAAAAUUUAGAAAACAAAAACUGCCGAAGCCAAAAGCCCUUUGGAAAUUCCUUCCACCACCAAACCAAACCAACUCAUUUUGUUCUUCUCUAAUUCCCCCCCUUUUUUUUUAUCAUGGAAUAAGGAAAGGAGAAACAGACAAACUAUACCAAUUCCCCCCAAAGCCUUGUCUCUCUUCCAAAUCCACAAUCAAAUCUUCAAACACCUUUUCAUCCAAUCCUUAAAAAUCGUUACAAGGAAUUAUCAAAAUACUAAAUUUCUCAACAUAUCUAUCUAAGAAGGUUUUGGACACUGCACUAACAUCUUUUGUUGAUUUCCACUUUUACAUCUUAUGGUGUCAGUAUUUCUUAAUAGGCAUUUGAUUUCUAGAUCUUGUGACUUGGGCUCAGUUACGUAGAUGAGAUGAUGUAGAUAGGGAAACUAGGCUUUUCCAUAUUGUCAUUGACUUUUAUUUAAUGAAUUAUUUGUUGGUCAGUUGUGUGUGAGACUAUGUAAGGGAUGAUGGUAUCAGCUACAAUUAGGCGAAUUGUGUCGCCCUGUUGGAGACCAUUUGAGGGUGAAAUUUCUAGUAGGCAUGGAGAUGCAAGUGGACGUGCUAAUGGUUUGUUGUGGUAUAAAGAUUCAGGAAGACAUUCGAAUGGUGAAUUCUCAAUGGCAGUAAUUCAAGCAAACAAUUUGUUAGAGGAUCAAAGCCAGCUUGAAUCUGGCCCCUUGAGCUUAACUGAGGGAAAUCCUCAAGGAACUUUUGUUGGUAUAUACGAUGGGCAUGGAGGUCCAGAAGCUGCCCGGUUUGUCAAUGACCGUUUAUUUAAAAAUAUCAAGAAGUUUACUUCAGAAAAUAAUGGAAUGUCAGCUGAUGUUAUCAAUAAAGCAUUCUUGGCAACUGAAGAAGAAUUUCUUUCUUUGGUAGAGAAUCAGUGGCUGCACAAGCCGCUAAUAGCAUCAGUUGGAUCUUGCUGUUUGAUAGGCAUAAUAUGUAGUGGGGAGCUCUAUAUUGCAAAUGCAGGAGAUUCUCGAGCAGUAUUAGGUAGACUGGAUGAGGCUACGAAAGAUAUUAAAGCUAUUCAACUAUCCGCGGAGCACAAUGCUAGCUGUGCAUCUGUCAGAGAAGAGUUGCGCUCAUUGCAUCCUGAUGAUCCGCAGAUUGUCGUUAUGAAGCACCGGGUCUGGCGCGUCAAGGGUCUCAUUCAGAUUUCAAGAUCCAUUGGUGAUGCCUAUCUAAAGAAGGCGGAGUUUAAUAAAGCACCAUUAUUGACAAAAUUUCGACUCUCAGAACCCUUUGAUCAGCCAAUCCUUAAAGCUGAACCAGCUAUACUAGUACAGCAACUGUGCCCUCAAGAUCAGUUUCUUAUACUUGCAUCAGAUGGGUUAUGGGAGCGAUUGAGCAAUCAAGAAGCAGUUAACAUUGUUCAGAGCUGUCCUCGUAAUGGAGCAGCGAAGAAACUUGUGAAAACUGCACUUUGUGAAGCUGCGAAGAAAAGAGAAAUGAGAUACUCAGACUUGAGAAAGAUUGACCGAGGGGUGAGGAGACAUUUCCAUGAUGACAUCACGGUUAUAGUUUUGUAUCUUGAUUCAAAUUUUUUGUUUCAUGCCAAUUCACGUGUACCCUUGGUUUCUAUCAAAGGAGGUGGUGAUAGUGGUUAUGAUAUUGGUAUUAUAGAUGCCUAGUUUGAUCAGGAAUACGAACCCAUUCCUCUCUUAAAUAUUUGUAUUCCAAAUGUAAAUUUCCCCCUCCCCUGUCAUAAUAGAAUCAAGAAAGAGUUUCCUCUCACACA